AUAGAACUGAUAACAGACAAGCAUGCACAUGCUGUUUAUUUCAGUUUGCUUCUUGUGAUGUUUACAAUACAAUAGAUUUGCAAUAAAUAUAAUUAAAAAUGGUUAGAAAACUUAAGUUUCAUGAACAGAAACUUCUCAAGAAAGUAGAUUUUAUAUCAUGGAAAGUCGACAACAAUUUACAUGAAGUGAAAGUUAUGAAAAAGUAUUAUAUUCAAAAACGCGAGGAUUACACGAAAUAUAACAAACUGUCCAGAGAGGUAAGAGAGUUGGCAAACAAAAUUAAAGAUCUUGACGCCAACAAUGAGUUUAGGACCGAAUCUAGUGCACAGUUGUUGGAGAAAUUGUAUCAGAUGGGUUUGAUCCCUACGAGGUGGGACUUGGCACUGGCCAGUAAUGUAUCAGCAAGUGCUUUUUGCAGACGGAGACUUCCAGUAGUUAUGGUCAGAAAUAGGAUGUCGGAGAAUCUAAAAGAAGCCACAAAGUUCAUUGAACAGGGUCAUGUGCGAGUUGGUCCAGAAGUGGUGAAGGAUCCGGCAUUCCUUGUCACCAGGUCGUUGGAAGACUUUGUCACUUGGGUUGAUGGUUCUGCUAUACAAAAACAUGUCUUGGAAUAUAAUGAGAUGAGGGAUGACUUUGACAUGCUGUAGUUUAAGGUAAAUUAGAAAUUAAUCAUUACUUCAAAAUUGUAAAUACAGGCAGAAUAAAAAAAUGAUCAAAAAUAAACUAUUGUUGACAAAUAUAA